UUAUAACCAUUACUGGAGCUGCGUACCGUGUAUCUAAAUCUGAUGGCCCAGGAUAUUUUCAUGAUGUCGGGAAAGAGGCAUUAGAACUUAUCAGGGAUCCUUUUUAUCUCCAAAACCAUGUUUGGAAUUCUGAUCGUAAAUCUUCUCUGAUAUGUGGCAGUGAACUUACAACUAGCCAAAACUUGGUGAAGAAAUUGAUGUUGAGUUUCAAGAAUGAUGGCUCCUUCAUGUGUUUCAAAGCUUCUGUUUUCGAUCACCUUGUAGAUGUUCCAGUAAAUGACCCAGAACAUGGUGUGGCUGACGAUGAAAUUCCUGAUAUGGAAGAUCCUAAUUCUGCACAGUUAUUGGUGGAGAAGCUUGUUGGUCCUGAUGUGAAUACAAUGUUAUAUCUGCCCUACUCUCUUAAAAAAUCAAAAGUUGAAUUCCAGCUACAUCAACCUUAUCAUGGGUCUGUUCUUAGCAUUGGUUUGAACAACAAAAGGAUGCCUUGCUUAUCUGUUUCGAGCUUAUGCGGCCUGCAGGAUAUCUGUUUGGGAGGUGUUGACAGCCUUGCUUUUGGGGGCCAAUUGAAAAUAAACGAGUCCAAUUCAUGGUUCAGUGUUUCUGCUGGGUUGUCAGUCCGUGCUGAAUUGUUCAGUGCUGGCCUAACUUUUAAACAACCUGGUCAGUUUGAUUAUACUUUCUGCAGCAAUAUUCUCAAUACAAGCACUGUAUUAGGUGGCCUGGCUAGCUAUAGCUAUCUGACCAAUCAAUGGAAAUUGAUUGGCGGAAUUGGUCACACUUUUGACCCCACCUUGAAUAUCAAAGGGCGUAUUGGUAAUGAUAAAACUGUCAAUGCUCUUAUCUCUAAGAAGUUCGCUGGCAAAGGCAGUCUUCAUUUUGCAUCGGAGGUUGAUUUAAAGGAUUUUUGGAGAUAUCCUCGGGUUGGUUUGUCAUUUUUGUUUCCUUAGGUUGGAGGAAGCUUCAUGCUGAAGCAGUUGGCGGUAGCGUUUCUGAAUCGCUGAUGGUAGGCAAUACGAGUCACUGAAGACGCAAGUGUUCAAUUACUAAGGUCCUGUAUGCUGUAGUUGUCAGCAAACCCCAGGCUAAUUUUGUACAGCUGUGGUAUUAGUGUUCACACUAAACACAGAUACUCUGAACACUCAACCCGGAGGGAUUUCGACCCUGGGGUGUUUUGCUUGUGUAAAUUAGCUCACGGACAGGUUUUCCUGUGAAGUAGCUCACGGAUGGUCUCGAGGUUGGUUCUGCUUGCCGAAAGUUGCUCAUGGAUGGUCUGUUUGUGUUCUUUGUUUCCUCUUGCAAACAUCUAGCCUGGUGGUGCCAAAUUUGCAGUUAUGCUGAACGUGCUACAUGCUAAGCUUGUUUUGAAAAGAUUUUAAGUUGCUGCAAUGUUACA